UAUCGCUUACUGGAAGCGGGAUAGAAGUUUACAAUUGCUCAACACUAUUGCUCUCUGUGUUUCGGUGAACAAUUCAUUAUUGUUAAUUUCCUUAAGCUGCUCUGUAAUUAAUACAUUGGCGUUGGCAUUACAAUGCCUCUAACCGACCUCUGCAUUGAGCUGCGUCCAAACCUACGCUGUGGCAAUGCGUACCUACAGUUCAACCGUCAACUAAGGGAAGAUGGCAGGAAAACCCGCAUCAUUCUCAAGGAGCACAAUGUCCACAUAAUGGAAGACGAUGACGAAAACAAUCUAGUCAUACGAUACAAUUGCUUUGGAAUGGAUAUACAAGGCAUUUCAAUAUUCACCGUUAGUGGGAAUCAUUUGACUUUCCGAUUUAACUAUACCAAAAUUGAUAUGGAUGCCUUGGAACAGAACACGGUACAAGUGGAUAUGCAGCCGCUGGUGAUGGCAUGUCGCGAAAAUGAGGAGUUCUCAUUGAUAUGCCACAAUUGUGGCAACGAAUUGGCCGAAUCAACCGUGUAUAAGCGCUUGCGCGAGUUUCCCAGUUGCAUAGUCGAUCCAAGUGAUUUCUUUUGCCACAAUCACGGAUCGGCAGCCGAAAGUCAUCAAGACGUGUUAGUGCCUCCUGAGCGGGAUUUGUUCUACGGUCUGAAUUUUAUUGUAGUCAACAUCUUUAAGAUAAAGGGCGUCAUGAAUCGUGGUGGUCAAUUGUACUGUCAACGUUGCCUUGGCUUAGUGGGCAAUACGGUGCUCAAUGACAAAGCCGCCAAAUUAUGGGCUGAUGCUGUGCGUUAUUUGCCUACCUCAUUGGACAUCACCCAAAAACGCCAUCUCUUCCAGCACCCAUCGGUGACACAAGUGAUGAAGCGGCUUUUGCAUACCUUAUGGCCACAAUCUUUGUCUCCACUUUGCCCAACCAAAAAUCGAGCUCUAUUGUUUACCACUUUACCCAAUCGUCAGCAGCAGUCCAUUCUCAUUCAUAUAGUGGAUUCUCAACUGCGCGUUUUGCGUCGCAUCCAGCCGAACAAUCCGGAUUUGCAAUGCUUCUUCGCUUGCAAAAUGUACUUUGGCAUUAAUAGACAUGAUCAACAGAUACCAGAAUCUGUUCCAAAGCCCUGGCAAUCCGACCAUAGUCUACCACAAAUGGAGAUCUCGCCGAGAAUGUUUCAAGAGUUGCAUACUCAAUUGACCACAAAUUCGCAGCUUGUACCCUAUGCUUGGCGCUUUAACACGGCCGAAGAGAAAUUAGUGCUUAGUUACUUCUUUUACCAGAACGACGUUGGCACUGAGGACGAGAAGAAAAUGCUGGAAUACAAGAAAAAAUUACAAGAACAGCAGCAGCAACAAAAGCAAAAGCAAAAAACCAGCUUACACGUGGAGUAUGAGACAGAUGCCGGUCAUGCUAGUCAGGAGAGCGAUGAUGAGCACUCGGAUUCGGAUAAUGGACCCAAUUAUUCUGUUGCUGCUGCUUCUACUGUUCCUGUGCCCAUCAAGAUGCUACCACAGACCCGUCGUCCGCCAUCACCACCGGUCUCCGAUUCUAAUUAGGAAUACAUACAAUGUAAUAUGUAUCUAUAGGUUUCUAUGUUUAUCUGUAAAUAUUCAACACUUUUUUGUUUGCAACAAGUAUUUAUUAGAAUGUAAGUUUGAGUAAUAGUAAUUCAAAGAUUUUGAUUCUAAGCACUUUAAUCUUGUAUUUAACUGGAAUGCUCUCGAAAGGCAAAAACUAAGUUUAUGUUCUAAAACAAAAAUGUUCACAUUCUGUUUAAGCUUCCUCCUUAGAGCCGCUUGGAUUGAAAGGGUUAACUGAGUUUAUAUAUUUACAUAUAGGUGUAUAUAUAUAUAUAUAUAUAUCUGAUUUAAAUCAGCUAAACUUGAAGUACGUUUAGAUAUAUGUACACUAUGCACCACUCUUUGUUGUUUACUACUUGAAACAAUUUCAAAGUAUAUAAAUUUAACAUUAUUAUUUCAACAUUAAUCAA